AUGUCUUUCUUCAAGAAGCUUACCAAGGAGCUCGAGAACUUCGGAAUCGGUGAUAAGGACAAGGACGAGAAGAAGGACGAAUCUCAGUACUACGCUGCUCCUCCCCAGCCUCAGUACCAGCCUCCUUCCGACAAGCCUCCUCUGCCUGAGGGCUGGACUGCCCAGUUCGACCAGCAGCACCAGCGCUGGUACUAUGUCGAGGUAGCUACCGGUCGCACUCAGUGGGAGGCUCCCGGCCAGCACGCCCCUCCUCCCGCCAUGGUGGUGGUUACGGAGGUGCUCCUGGCUAUGGCGGCGCUCCUGGCUAUGGGCGGUUACGGAUCGCCCUCUCCUGGCUACGGUGGCUAUGGAUCACCUCCUCCCCCUGCCGGUUAUGGCUCUCCCCCUCCUCCCGGCGGCUACGGAGGUGCCCCCGGAUACGGCUCUCCCUCUCCUUACGGCGCCCCAGGCUACGGUGCUCCCGGCGGCGGCUAUCCUCACCAGGAUGGCGGCCACAACCCUUACGGAAACGAAGGCGAGCGCGGCGGCGAGAAGAAGAAGAGCGGCAGCUCCGGCAUGCUCCUCGGUGCCGCCGGUGGUCUUGCUGUCGGUGCUGUAGGCGGUGCCCUCAUUGCUAAUGCCCUUGACGACAGCGACAGCGAGCAUGAACAUGCCGCUCCCGCUCCGGCCCCUGUCACACACACCGAAUACAAUGAGUACAACCAGUACCGUGAGGCGCCUCCCGCCGACUACAACGACCCCUACGCCCAGGAUGGACCCCCUGCUGUCCUUCCCCCCACUGACGCCGAUGGUGACUCUGUCUCAUCGAGCGAUCGCGAGGAUGUUCAGGAAGCUCGUGAGGAGUAUGAGGAGGCUCUUGCAGACGCUGCCGACUCGGACGCCAGCAGUAGCGACCAAGAGGCCCUCGAGGAGGCUCGUGAGGAGUACGAGGAGGCGUACGAGGAGGUGUAUGAGGACUAA